AUGGGCAAUAAGUCAUACUCAACUAUUGUCCCCGAUUCUCGAGUCGCCAAGAACACCACGGUACCGUUGAUCAUCAGCGGAAAAGAUAUUGUCACGGGCACCUCAUUUCCUAAAAUCGGACCUCUCGAGAACAAGGAGAUCUGGCAAGUUGCCAGCGCCUCGAUCGCAGAUGCCAGAUUUGCUGCUGACGCGGCUCAACGAGCCUUUCCUCAGUGGUCGGCUACCAAAGCCUCCCAGCGACGGGACAUUUUCUUAAGAGCAGCCGAUGUGAUGGAAAGGCGUCGGGACGAGCUCGCCGAUAUUAUUAGGCAAGAGCUUGGUGCCAAUGAGCAAUUCCAGAACUUCAUGUUGGAUGUUACGAUUGAGGGCCUCAGAGACACAGCUGGUCGUAUUGCGGGAGCUUGUACCGGCACAUUGCCUGACUCCAAUCAUGACGGCAUGCGCGCCAUGGUUCAGAAGCGUCCGUACGGUGUGGCUUUAGGAAUAGCUCCAUGGAAUGCGCCCUUUCACCUAGGAGUCCGGUCUAUUAGCUUUGCGUUAGCUGUGGGUAAUACCGCUAUCUUCAAGGGCUCCGAGUUGUCUCCAAAAUGCCAUUGGGCUAUCGUUGAUGUCUUCCGCGAAGCUGGCCUGCCGAAUGGUUGUCUAAAUCUUAUUUUCCACAAGCCGGAAGAUGCACCGCUUAUUACCGAGGCACUUAUCGCGCAUCCAGCGAUCAAGCAUAUCAACUUUACAGGAAGCACACAAGUGGGCAGCAUAAUCUCUAUAGAGGCAGCGAAGCAUCUUAAGCCUAUAUUGAUGGAACUCGGCGGCAAAGGCAACGCCCUAGUGCUGAAGGACGCUAAUCUGGAAGUCGCUGCUACUCAGUGUGCUAUGGGUGCCUUUUUCAAUGCUGGGCAAGUCUGCAUGUCUACAGAACGGAUUCUUGUCCACGAAGCUGUCGCGGAAGAUUUCUUAGAGCUGCUCAAGUCAAAAGUGCAGAAGCUUUAUGGCUCAGUUCAGGAUAUACCCAUAGUAAUUACCGAAGCAUCUGCAACUCGCAACCGACGCUUGAUUGAGGAUGCCAUUUCUCGCGGGGCUGAGAAAGUCGACCUUGCAUUGAUGGAUGGAGAAUGCGAAGCUGUACCAACACAUAUGCAGCCGGUCGUUCUCCGCGGUGUCGACAAGACAAUGCAGAUUUAUAGUGGCGAGUCCUUUGGGCCAAGUGUGUCGGUGUACACUCUCAGCAAUGAAAGCGCUAUAAUCGAAAUAGCGAAUGAUACUGAGUACGGUCUUACUUGCAGUAUCUUCUCAGAAGACCUCGGUUCCGCCUUCCGAGUCGCCGAUCAGAUUGAGUCAGGAGCAGUGCAUAUCAACUCUAUGACGGUACACGAUGAGUAUACGCUGCCUCAUGGCGGGGUGAAGAAGAGCGGAUUUGGACGAUUUAAUGGUUACCAAGGCAUGGAUGAGUUCUUGUAUACCAAGUCUAUUACUUGGAUGCAUUAG